GACAAAUCAAGUUUACUGGCUCUCUCCUAAUUCCGCCACGUCAGCCAGGUGGAAAAAACGUGGCACGUUCAGUUGAAACGGAGCUUCAAAUCUGCGCUUCAAUGGAACUUUAGAUCGAUAUUUUCUUUUCUGGUUUCCCGGAAAAACUUGUUGCCAAUCGUCUCCUCCGUCUUGCUGUUCAACCAUGAAUAUCUUCAGAUUCGCUGGCGAUAUGACUCACUUGAUCAGUAUCUUAAUCCUCCUCCUCAAAAUCUACGCCACCAAAUCUUGCGCCGGAAUCUCUCUCAAGACUCAGGAGCUAUAUGCGUUUGUGUUCUUGACUCGUUACUUGGAUCUCUUGACGGAUUAUGUGUCACUCUACAACACGGUGAUGAAGAUCGUCUUCAUUGCUAGCUCUUUGGCUAUCGUUUGGUGUAUGCGUAGGCAUCCGUUAGUGCGGAGGUCUUACGAUAAGGAUCUGGACACGUUUCGUCAUCAAUACGUUGUGUUAGCUUGCUUUGUUCUGGCACUUAUCUUGAAUGAGAAGUUUACAUUACAAGAGGUGUUCUGGGCCUUUUCUAUAUACUUGGAGGCAGUUGCUAUCCUUCCCCAGUUGGUUCUGCUACAGAGAAGUGGGAACGUGGACAAUUUGACUGGACAAUAUGUUCUCUUUCUUGGGGCAUAUCGUGGACUAUAUAUCAUCAACUGGAUCUAUCGCUAUUUCACAGAAGAUCAUUUCACUAGAUGGAUCGCUUGUGUCUCGGGUCUUGUCCAAACAGCUCUCUAUGCUGAUUUCUUCUACUACUACUACCUAAGCUGGAAAACCAACACCAAACUCAAGCUUCCUGCUUGAGCAGAACCACACAAAUUUUGCAACAGUGUCACAUAAUCCAGGAAGUUACAACGAUGGCGACACUAGAGAAACGAAAAAACAGUGACAUGGUUACAAUCUAACAACGAGUCGAACAAUGCAGAAUUGUUGUUUAAGAUGUGCUUUUAGCCUUUGAAUGAACAUUGUAAGUUUGUAACUUUCACGUUGAGGAUAAAAUCAAAACUCUCAAGUCCUUCUGGUAGAACAGACAAAAAUCUGAAGAGCGAAACACUGUUUAUCUUUUGUAGUCUUUGUUCAAAACUGUAGCUCAGAUUAGAAGAGCAAAGUACAAUGUCUUUGAGAAAAAAACUUAAAACUAGUCUUCUUGAGUGUGUUUUACUUUCUUGGUUUUCUUUUUGUGCUCUCGUGUCUUCUUGCUUCUUACCUCGUCUAUCUCUUCACCCUUGGAGACUUUUUCUCUACUACGUUUCUCUUUCUUUGACUUCUUUUUCUUCACAGGAGCCUCCUCUGCUUCAUCUUCAUUCUCUUCCUCCUCAUCUUCAUGCUCCAUGAUCGUCAUAUUCUCUUCUGUUUCAGCCUCGACCACUGUGUUUGCUACAGCUAUCUCUGCUUCCACAAUAAUAAACCAAUCAUCUUACAAACGUACUAACAUAGGAAUACAUGAACAUAUGUGAUAUGUAAACGGUAAAAAGAAAACCAACCUUCUCCACUAAAGCCUGUGUCC